UGAGAGACCGCUGGGGCGCCGCCACUAGCACCACAGCCUCCCAAGUUUCCCCUUGUGGAUGCACAGCCCUUGUGUCUCCUCUUCUCCCGGAGCAAAGCGGCCCAAAGAGGCUAGAGGCGGACUAGGAACGAGAUUUCUAAAGGGACAGGACGGGCGCCGCACCCGCUCUAGGGAGUUCGGUGAACGAUGAAGGGUCGGCGGCGGCGGCGCCGGAAGUACUGCAAGUUCGCCCUGCUGUUGGUGCUGUACACGCUGAUGCUGCUGCUCGUCCCCUCCAUACUGCAUGGUGGCCGUGAUGGGGACAAGGGCUCCGGGCACUGCCCGGGCCUGCAGCGCAGCCUGGGAGUGUGGAGUCUGGAGGCGGCGGCGGCCGGGGAGGGAGAGCAGGUUGUGGAAGAGAAGGCUCCGGGCAACCUCACAGCAGCGCCCGGGGAAGCGGUGUCUGGUGAGAAGCAACACAUUUAUGUGCAUGCCACCUGGCGCACCGGCUCAUCGUUCCUAGGCGAACUCUUUAACCAGCACCCGGACGUUUUCUAUUUGUACGAGCCCAUGUGGCAUCUCUGGCAGGCGUUGUAUCCCGGCGAUGCUGAGAGCCUGCAGGGCGCGCUGCGUGACAUGCUGCGCUCGCUUUUCCGCUGCGACUUCUCGGUGUUGCAGCUGUAUGCGCCGCCGGGGGAUCCCGCCGCGCGCUCCCCGAGCGCGGCCAAUCUCACCACAGCUGCCCUCUUCCGCUGGCGGACCAACAAGGUCAUCUGCUCGCCGCCCCUGUGCCCCGGCGCGACCCGUGCCCGGGCCGAGGUCGGCCUCGUCGAAGACACCACCUGCGAGCGCAGCUGCCCACCCGUGGCUCUGCGCGCUCUGGAGGCUGAGUGCCGCAAGUACCCCGUGGUGGUCAUCAAGGACGUGCGCCUCCUCGAUCUGGGCGUGCUGGUGCCCCUGCUGCGUGACCCGGGCCUCAACCUGAAGGUGGUGCAGCUUUUCCGCGACCCGCGAGCCGUACACAACUCGCGCCUCAAGUCCAGGCAGGGGCUUCUACGCGAGAGCAUCCAGGUGUUGCGCACGCGUCAGAGGGGCGACCGCUUCCACCGCGUGCUGCUAGCGCAUGGGAUUGGCGCUCGCCCUGGGAGCCCGUCCCGCGCGCUGCCCGCAGCGCCACGCACAGACUUCUUCCUGACCGGAGCGCUGGAGGUGAUCUGCGAAGCCUGGCUGCGCGACCUGCUCUUCGCUCGCGGGGCGCCCGCCUGGCUGCGGCGCCGCUACCUGAGGCUGCGCUAUGAGGACCUGGUGCGGCAGCCGCGCGCCCAGCUGCGCCGCCUGCUGCGCUUCGCCGGGCUGCGCGCGCUGGCUGCGCUCGACACCUUCGCGCUCAACAUGACUAGAGGCACGGCCUACGGGGCGGACCGGCCCUUCCACCUGUCCGCGCGCGACGCCCGCGAGGCUGUGCACGCCUGGCGUGAGCGCCUGAGCCGAGAGCAGGUGCGCCAGGUGGAGGCCGCCUGCGCUCCUGCCAUGCGUCUGCUGGCCUACCCGCGCAGCAGAGAGGAAGACAACGCCGAGCCGGCGGUGGAUGUGGAGACGCUGCUGGAGACAGAGGCCGUUGGCGCCACGUAGCCCCCAACCCGCGUCCUGGGGUCGGAUGCCGGUCAGUCACCAUGAACUGGAGCACUCAGCAUGUUGCCCCAGCACUGGAAAAGUCAUGCUGUGGAGGCAAUCUAUCUCGCUACCAGAGACUGGGACUUGAUUUGGUACCAAGUGCUGUGCAGUUCUGCAGAGCAGGAAUAUCAUGAGCUUAUUAAAUAAUGACCAACACAUUUAUUGAAACAAAGUUUCCAGUAAGGAAAUGACAGUACAAUGUGGAUAAUUAUGGCAAUAAAAUAGGAAGAGCUUUAGUUCCCAGCCUGAACCUGCCUCUGCUGGAGCCAUUUCAAUAAAGCAUCCUCACAAUAAAGAAGAGACAUGAUUUGGUACCAUUUCCCAUCAGCAGGUGUUUGGACAAAACAUCAAUGUGACUAAGGGCCAAGUGAAACCCUGUGUAUCUUGAUUAAAUUACUAUUAAAUAAAAGGCCUGGGUGGUAUUCUUUUAAACCUGACUCAUCCAGCUCUUCAAAUAGCUUCCCUUGUCCCUGCCCCUGAACCAAUUUUUAAAAAGUAAUCUCUCUCCCUGGGGUGGGAGAACCCAAAUGAACUGAAACAAAUUUUUGCUUUUAAAUUGUUCUGUUUUUAUAAUGAUACUAUUAAAUUACUCUGGAGUCAUGCUAA